UAGAAUCCAUGCAAUUACGUAAGAGUUGCCACGCGUGGAAAAUCUUGCGUAUCACGCCACAGCCCUUGCAAGUUGCAAAGAUAAUUAAGCAAGGAAUAGAUUGGAAGCUUACCUCGAUAAUCAUGAUAAAGCAUUUACCACCACUCGGCAUCACGCACAGGCCUGGCUCCUGUCAACCCGCGCAGUUCUCCGCCUUAUGUGUGGUGUAGGUAUAUAAACCAGGCGAGCACAUUCGAGUCACAGGUUUGAGCUAAAGCACCACCACUGCUGUGCUCCUCGCUUGCAUUUACUCCUCGAGAGGCAAAAAGCAUAUAGCACUUGCGCUGGAACUUGCAGGAUAGCUCUGUGUGGAAACGAAAGAAAGAAAAAAGGAAGGGAGAAAAGAGUGUGUGAGCUUGAGCUCAAUCUACCUUUUGCGUUCAUGCGUGGUGCAUUUCCUUUAGACCUUGGAAGACAGCGGCAGAGGUGUUGCUGCUAGAGCUUCUGUCACGAAAGGAAAGCGAGUCAGCGAUGGGAAUGGCUCAGGAGUCGAGCGAAGAACAAUCAACAACAGGAGAAGAGGGAAGUAAUAAUACUCACAAGAGCAGCAGCAACAGCCACGCCGGCAAUGGUAACAAUCUCCUCCAAGUCCUGUCCCAGAAGAGUCCCCUGCGAUGUGGAGCUUGCCAGCGACCUUGCACUCACAGCAUGCGGGACGAGACCGUUGUAAACAUCCCGCACGUCAAGCUCUACAGCGACGAAGACGACUCGCCUCUCCACUCGCCGAGGCGCUCGGUCCCGUACGAGAUCCAGGUAAAGAACCUCAGCUAUCAUACAGUCCCCAGCAGAGCGUCCACCGGAGUAGCGUGCUUCGUCCCAAAGAACUACUGGCCGGAGCUCCUCCAGACCAAGACCAUCCUCCGGAACGUCAACUGUACUGCCAAGCCGGGUGAAUUGCUCGCAAUUGCGGGGCCGAGCGGAGCAGGGAAGUCGACCCUCCUGGAGAUACUGGCCGGUCGCAUCACCCCCGCGAAGAACAGCAGCAUACUGGUGAACAAGCGGCCAAUGGAGCUGAGCUCCUUCCGGCGGAUCUCCGGCUACGUCAUGCAGCACGACUUGCUCUUCCCGAUGCUCACCGUGGCGGAGACGCUCAUGUGUAGCGCGCAGCUCCGGCUUCCUUCCAGCAUGCCCGCGUCGGCCAAGCGCGCUCGGGUGGAGCUGCUCAUGGCGGAGCUCGGGCUGCGUGGCGUGGCGUCGUCGAGGAUAGGCAGCGACGCUGUCCGUGGAGUCUCUGGCGGCGAGCGACGGAGAGUUUCUAUCGGAGUUGACGUGAUCCACGACCCGGCCGUACUGCUCCUGGACGAGCCAACUUCCGGCUUGGACUCAGCGGCGGCGCUCCAGGUGGUGGCGAUGCUCCACAACAUGGCUAAGUCCCACGAGAGGACCAUCAUCCUCAGUAUCCACCAGCCGGGCUUCCGGAUCCUCGAGCUCAUUCACUCCAUCGUGCUGCUGGGUCCAGGACGGAUGAUCCACAGCGGGAGCUUGCAGGAGCUCUCGGACAAGCUCUUCGCGGCCGGCCACAGCUUCCCCCCUCAGGUGAACGUUGUCGAGUAUGCCAUCGAGACCAUCAAUCUGAUCGAGGCGGACAGGGGCUGCGACGGUAUCAUCGCCGAGUGUUUCAACGUUCCGGUCUCGAAAAUGCGCUGCUCGCUCGAGGACUUGUUCAACCAGAGAGUGCACGACAAGUCGCCACCACCACCGCCACCAUCGGUUUUUGCUGCUCCUCGGAUCGUCGACAAGCCAACUUUCGCCAACUCUCGAUGCAGGGAGAUCUUGUUGCUGUCUAGCCGGUGUUGGAAGACCAUAUGGAGAACCAAGCAGUUGUCGCUGGCGAGAACUGCGCAAGCGCUCGGUGCUGGCUUUGCUCUCGGCUCGGUGUUCACCCACCUGGGACGGAACGUCGUAGGCGUCCGGGAACGCUACGGCUUCUUCGCCUUCACUCUCACGUUCCUGCUCACGUCGACGAGUGAGUCACUGCCGAUGUUUCUCGCGGAGCGCCAGAUCUUCGAGCGUGAAACUUCCAGGGGAACAUACAGGGUCUCGUCGUAUGUGAUCGCCAACACGCUCAUGUUCCUGCCGUUCCUGUUCGUCUUCUCGCUCCUGUAUACGGUACCGGCGUACUUCCUCGUUGGCCUCAACCAUUCCAUUGAAGCGUACGUCUUCUUCCUGCUCGAUGUGUGGAUGGUAGUGGUGGACGCCAACUCGAUCGUUUCCUUCUUCAGCGCACUGGUUCCGGACUAUAUAUUGGGGAACACUCUCGUCACCGGUACUCUUGGAGCGUUCUUCCUCUUCUCAGGCUACUUCGUCCCCAAGGAUCAUAUUCCCAAGUACUGGCUGUUUAUGCACUACCUGUCCGUCUUCAAGUACCCACUGGAUGCGAUGCUCAUUAACGAGUACGAGUCUCUUUCUGACGUGUGCUUUGCGAAAGUCUGCAAUCUCACGGGAAGAAGUGUGCUGGUCGAGUCCGGCCUCGAGCAUUCCAGCAAGUGGAUGAACCUGGGCGUUUCGGCAAUUUUCGCCGUCGUCUAUAGACUUCUCGCUUACCUUGUACUUCGGUUUAAGCCCCGGCAUAAACAACAGUAGUUAAGUCAUGCAAUAAGAAUGACGUACUUCCAACGUACCUGUUAGUAACGGAUCUUCUCUGUUUAACUGACUAUCUGUCAAGUAGGGAGCGAGUGUCCGAAACUUUCAAAGUUCAUGAUGGCGUAAUCCCACGAUCCCAGGCUUUUGCUUUCUCACUCAAUCCCAGAAACACCUGUUAGAGAUGCAUUGAAGAAACAGUUGCUGUCAGGCUGCCUUAAAUUAACUGCAGUUAACACAAAGAUUGCGUGAUCAGAGAAUGUCCGCAAUGAAAAAACUAAGUUUACCGU